AUGACUCCAAACGGCGGCUACGUUAUGUCUCUAUUGGUUUUAUUCUUCGCUAUAUUCAAAAGUACGUUGGGGCAGAACUGGGCCUUCGAAAUCGAUAAAGACCCAUCAUCCAAAGAUUAUCCCCGGGACUCACUUUCAAAUUUUACUGAAUUUGCGAGAAAUUAUGGAUACACAGCUGAAGAACAUACCGUAAUAACAGAAGAUGGGUACAUCUUGUCGGUGUUCCGGAUACCGAAGGGCAAAAAUUGUAGAGGAAAGAUAAGGCAACCCCCGGUGUUGCUUAUGCACGGGCUGUUACAGAGUUCGGAUUCUUGGUUAGACGCCGGUCCAUCAGCUGGCCUCGCGUUUCUUAUAUCGGACGCGUGCUAUGAUCUGUGGGUUGGAAAUGUGCGUGGCACGUAUUAUGGAAGAAGAAAUGUUCGUCUCAAUCCAGAUACAGACCCACAAUUUUGGAAUUUUACCUCGCAUGAAAUGGGAAAAUUAGACGUUCCAGCUAUUAUUGACUACAUGCUGAGCGAGACGGGAUUUUCGGAAUUAAAUUAUGUUGGGUUCUCACAGGGUGGCCGGAUAUUUUUCAUCAUGUGCUCCGAAACUUCUGGGUACUGCGACAAAAUAAAAGUUUCCAUAAUGCUAGCUCCAGCGGCAAGAGUAAAGUAUAUGAGAUCUGUACUUGUACAGUUGUUAACUCGGUUUUAUCCGGUAGUAGAACCACUUUUUAGUCCACGUGAGUUGGAAGUUUUUCAAAAAGGAGGAUUUAUUCAAAAACAGGCUUCUUUCUUUUGCAAAGAUAAUAUUUUGGCAGGAACUGUGUGUAGAGCAGCGUUGACUUUAAUCGAUUCUUAUGAUCCAGGCUCAAUAUUAACUCAAACGAUAAGAGUGUUGUUUGGACAUUUUCCUGGUGGAACGUCAGCUCGAAAUUUAGCUUUCUAUGGUCAAACUGGAAUGGCAGGUAGGUUCCAAAAGUACUAUUAUGGCCCAAGUAAAAAUUUGGAAUUGUAUGGCAGCGUUCAACCACCUCUUUAUAACCUCAAUCGUACCAAUAUUCCUGUUGUAUUAAUAUAUAGUGAAAACGAUAUAUUGGUCGAUUCGAAGGCUGUUCUAUGGCUUUCGACUCAACUGCCAAAUGUGUUAGAAUCUUAUCAAGUAAGCCGGCUAACAUGGACUCACUUCGAUAACUGCUAUAGUCAAUACACAAACGAAACAAUUUUUCCAAAAAUCCAUGAAUAUUUACAGAAAUAUAGUAAAGAUGUUUCUGUAUAA